AAUUUAUUUUUACCUCAGAAAGGUAACCUUCAACAUGAAUGAAGGAAAAGCUACUGAAAAUGAAAGUAAACAUAAUGUUACUGAUAUUCCAUUAGAAGAAAAGGAAGACAAUGCAGAUGCAAAAGAAAAUAAGUCAGUUACAAAUGGAGAAAAAUUAACUGGAAUGGAAGAGUCAACCAUUGAAGAACCACUAUCCAGUAAUGACACAGCGUCUUCUCUAGAGACUGGUAAUGAUGAGAAUGGAGAUUUGUUGACUUCUCAUCGACAACCAGGAGAUGGUGAACAUGAAGAAAAGGAGACACCACAGAAAUCAGGAACAGCUGAUAUAAAAGAAGAUGUGACUGUCACUGAGGAGGAGGAUGAUGAAGGAAUUGAUGUAUCAGAUGGCAGUGAUCUGGAUGGAGAGGGGAGGAUCAAACUCUUUAAAAGAGGUCUAGAUAUGGAGAAGAAGGAGAAACUAAAAUCUGCACUCAAGUGUUACAUGGCUUGUCUCAGAGGACUAAAACCACACUCUAACUUCCCCCUACUGCCACAGUGCCUUAGAAAUAUUGCAGACAUCUUUUACAGACAAGAAGAGUAUGAGAAAGCUAUACACUUUAUUCAAGCUGAAAAGAUUUACUAUGAAUCUGCUCUGAUAGACACCACAGAUAUACAGAAGAAGCUAGAAGAUGCACAGAGAGACCAGGAACUUCCUGCUGAUGUUUCGGAGGAGACAAUUCGAGCUGAUGAAUUCGAGGAGCUGGCCAGGAUAUGUCUUGAUGAAAAGCAACCACAGUUGGCAUUGGAAUAUGCAGGAAAGGCCACAAAGAUCAGACAGAGUGUUCUGGGAGAUAAUCACCCUAUUACUAUAAAUAGCCUGGACUUCUUCACACAAGUGUAUGCUGAAGCAGGAGCUGACCAGUAUCAAGAUAGCAUGAAAAGAUUUGAAAAUCAAGAAGAUAUAGACCUUAAUGACUCCAGUGCCCACACAGAGAUUCCUGGGACUCCAGAGAAAGAACCCCAGUCCAUCCUUAGGAGGAGAAAACCUGGAGAAAAAGAUGCAGAGAAGAGAGUUCGUUUUGAGGAGUCUGUAAUCCAAAAUGAAGAUGAGGAACAGUGUGCCAAGGUAUUUGUGUGGAUCCUAUUUGCGAUCUGUGGGGUCAUUCUGUUAAUCCUGGGGUUGUACCUCUACUGCCAUAUCUCCUCGGGGAGUACGUGUACCUCCUACAAAUACCAGAUCAAGUACAUCUGGGACCGUGUCAAGUACUACUACUAUCACUACACACAGUCCAAACUCAGGAAGUUUGUCUGAGUCAAAACAAGUCAAACUCACAGAGAAAGCAAGACCUUGUCAUAUUUAAUAUUUAUUUCUAACUAAACAAAAAUAAUACUGUAGAUCACCAAAUUUAUGUAACACCUUAUUUUUGCCAGAUAGUUAUUUGGUAAUUACAUAUAAGUAAGAAUUUUUUUUUUGAAUUCUGGUUAUUGUUGUAUGUAAUAAUUAAUUUAAAAAUAUAUG